UCUAAUGGCAGAAAUCAACCACGAUUACCAAACUAGCACACGAUAUGUUGCAUACGGAGGUGACGACAAAAAUCGGUCACAAUUGUUAAGCUACGUGUGUCGUGAUUCAUUUUUCUCUCGUCAUUUUCGGGAUAGUUAUAGUCCAACUAAUAUAUG